CGUAUAAUUAAGGAUGAACGUUUUUACAUCGGCCUCGAACCAGAGGAUGAUUCUGUAUGGUUGCCCGCACAGUUGCUCCGCGCCACAAGUGGAAUUUUACCCACAACCAGUAGCGAGGAGACCGUUAUCAAUGUUCUACGCUUAUUUUUGGCUAUGGCUUGCUCACCUGCGUGCACACUAAAUGGUCGUCUUCUCAUCGAAACACUUUCACGUUGCGGCGAGUGUUGGGAGUUGGGCUCACGUGCCACCAAAGCCGCCUCGCUGGCAGCAGCAUCACAAUGCUUGCGCACUUUUUGCGCAUUUCUCAUUGAGGAGGCCGAAGAGGUGAAAAAAACUGCACCACCCGGUCUAAUGACACAGACACAAGCAUCAGCGGUGUACAACGAAGUGAUACCGGUAAUGCAAUGGCUAUGCAGUCGUUUGGUAGAGCCGGCGGCGAGUGGUUCGCCCAACAAAAAACCCGAGAAUAAUUGCUCCCUAUACUUAACUGAAUGCAUUUUGACACUGACGUCCGCGUUGCCACGAAAUGUUCAUGCAAAUCCACAUUUUACAUCAUUCCUAUGGCAGAAAUUUUGCCCAACUCUGGCCGCAGCAUUGGGUUCGCCAGGCCGUAUUAAUUUGGACAAAAAAUUUACUUACAAAGAUGCACUAAACUUGAUUGAAAACGAAGCACGUGGCUUUUUUACUGGUCCCGGCUUAGAUGGUCCCCAAGCCCGUUGCGUGUACUUAACUGGAAUUCAGCUGCUGCGGAUUGCGGGAGCUUAUGGUUCACUGCGACCCAUGUUGGAAGCACUCUUCCAUCGCAUGCUUCUGCUGCCAUCGCCACAAAAUCGCACCGAGCCACUGAAAUGUGUUCGUGAAAUAUUAAAAAGUCCGGAGCGUUUAAUAGACCUAGCGGUUAUUUUGUACGUUGAUAAAAAUACUGGCCAAGGAUGUAGUGAUGAAAUGGCAUUAUUUCGGCUUAUGAUUGAUGCAAUGGAAGAGUGUGCUUAUGGCGUCAGUGCUGGUUCCGGAGUAGAGGCAGGCUUACAGGCAAGCGUAGAAUGCAUGGUCGCCCUACUGGACAGUUUACAAAUUCUCUGCAGUGGUGAACUCACUGAAUCGAUGAUAAGCGAUCAGAUUGUGAACACCGUAAACAGUCGUCAUGAAACAUUAAAGGAUGCCGAUUAUACAGGCCCAUUAACAUACCAAUCGAUGGCACGUCUGCCCGCGCCAUACCGUGAUGCGAUUGUAGAGUUUCGUCAGAGUGUAUUUGAAACCUCCUCCGGCUCAGACAGUGACGGUGACCAUCCUGAACACGAUGCAGCUUCGAAUGGUUCGGGUGAUACAGAGGGGCCUGAAGAGGAGGAACAAUCAACUUCGAGCGAUGAAACAUCACGCGUGGAAAACCGAUGGCCCUACACACAUCUCGAGGCUCCUGUCAUACCAGUACGAACCGACAUCGACAAUGAUCGGCAACACGCGCGGGAUUUUUCAAAAGCGUUGAGAAAAGAUUUGGUGCCAAAACUUUUGCAUUUGCGCUCGUGUAUUGAAGUUGACGAGGCCAUGCAAGAAUUUGCAUCGGUCGUGUGUCAAGAAAACACAAUGAACUUCUCAGAUUUCGACUACCACCUGACGGCCAUCAAUGCCGAUGGCAUUUACUUAGCGAUUUAUUCGUCGUUGUUACUCAGCCUACAACUAACAAAGGCUGGCUACUAUGACGACCCACAGAAGGAGAUAUUGAUUCCGAUGUCGGAGCAGCAAUUUGUUACAUCUGUCCAGAACACUGGUGUUUUGGUGUACCUUUCGUCUCCUUGGCUCUGUGAAUUAUACCAGUCCAUAUUGGUCUCGAAUGUUCUAGAAGCGAUGAGUAGGGAGGAAUUGGAAGGUACCAAUUCACGAAGUGCACUGGUGGAUAUGCUUUGUGAUGCUGGUGGGUUGGGACCCACGCAGAUGCUCUCCGAGUGGCAGCGUUUACAGAUGGCCAAUAUUAAGUAUACCGAUGAACAGGAUAAUAAACGACGUGAGGCUGCCAAGAAACUGUGUCGGCGCCUACUAACCUGCUGCUGGGACUCUAUGGUUAUAGUUUUGAGUUCGGGUCUAGGUGAUCUAUCGUGUAACAAUUCAAAUAAAUUGGUGGCCUUGUCGAAACGUACACUGCGUGUCAAAGCAAAGGCCAAAAACUCCAAUGGAGAGGCGUUAUAUGCAAUGUGUCUAGAUGGUUUACAUUCGGCGGCCACCUUAAGUAACAGCUUGAAUUUGCAACAUUUGGCAGGGAAAAUUCUGGGCCUGCUGGCAUCAAAUGUGUGCCAGACCAACGGACCGAGAAUAUCAGCUAGUCAAGCGAUGUCAAUGGAUGUGGUGUUGAACGGCGGCUUGAAUUUGGGUUCUUAUAGCUCGGAUUGUUGGCAAUCUGUAUUUGCGGUUUGCCGGCACGUCAGCCAAUUGGAACAUGACAUUUUCAGUUUGCAAAAUUCAGCGGUAGGCACGUCGCCGGGUACAGGACGUCGCGAUAUGGAGACUGGCGAAAAGCUAAAUAAUGCUUGCCAAAAUGAUAAGCUGAACUUGUCCUCACUACCCAUAGAUGACGACGAAACCUGCGUGGAUGUCUACAGUUUUCUUCAAGCACCUCUACAAAGCCCUAAUACUAAUAUUACAUCCAUUCUGAAGGUUUAUUCUGGCACUAAUGAAACUGUAUUACUAAGUCAGGGUGAUACCUCAAAAGUCUUGUGCGCCCUAUCCCACCAGGCUGAAAAUCUUUUUUCUGAUGCCGCUGAGCGUUUGAGUCUACCAUCACUUUGUCAGUUUCUGAAGAACCUGUGUAAAGCUUCUCGUGAACAGCUCUAUAAAAAUAAUGUUACGCGCAAAGGCACCCGUAUUUGGUGGCCCAGCAAAGGUUGGAAAAAAAUGGACACGCUUCCGAUGUCGCUUUUAUUGCAUCGAAUCGGUGACGUUACUUUAAAGGUGUUCAAAAGUUCCAGACCUCUUUUGCAUAUACUUAAGGUGUGGGCAAUAACGGGGCCUCAUCUAAUGGACGCUUCUUGCCACCGAGAUCGUGUGAUAUCCAAAAGGGCCAUCGAAUAUAUACAUGACAUAAUAACGGCACUCUUAGUGGAGCAAUCUGAGCUGCCACAUUUUCACUUUAACGAGGCACUGCUAAAGCCAUUCGAAAAUCUUUUGAGCAUGGACACUUGUGAUGCAGACGUACAGGAUCAAAUUGUGGCCUGCUUGUAUGAAAUAGUUGAAGCGCAUCGAACGGAAAUCCGUUCAGGUUGGCGCCCACUUUUCGGAACAUUACGCAAUGCUCGCAGCCGUAUGCUUAAUAUGAGUAAUAUUAUCGAUAUCUUCAGAGUCUUCCUCGAUUCCGAUAAUACUUUAGUAUUCGCUAAUGCCGGAUUGGAUUGUAUACUCUGCUUGUUAUCCUACCUGGAGAUUUCAGGCGGUGGAACAUCUAAUAGCAAUUCAAGCAGCGAAGAUGAGAACAACUUUCGACCCACGGAGUUUUUGCACGAAACUUUGCGAUUCUUGGAGCGCUGUUCGUCUAUUUUAGGAUUUAUGUAUAAUAUGCCGAAAUGUCCAAACUUUCAUUCAACAUACAAAAUUAAAGGCAUCUCCUAUACACACAUAAUCGACGCAAACAUUCCAAAUUCAAUGGAAAAUUUCACCUACUUUGGCAAUGAUUAUUUACAAACGAAAAAUGAACAGCACAUGAUCUCGUAUCGUUCACUGCAUAUCGACAAAGAUACAAUUGUGAAAAUUGAUGAAAUGGAUAAACCCUCAGGGGUGUUAAAAGUUUGGUUCCUCUUGCUGGACGGCUUGACCAACUCACUUAUCGUUUGCCCUUAUUCACAUCAAGCGCCAAUCCUUCAGACAAUUUUUAAACUAUUUAAAAAUCUCCUCGCCAGUCCCGGUAUGGACUUCGGGUUCUACUGCAUAAACCACCUGUUGAUACCGAUGAUUCAAGACUGGCUACGUUACAUAAAUAAAACUGGUGCUCCAUGGUCAUUAAUUGAGAAAAACUUUAAGCACUGUUGCUGCAUGACCACCGAUUUGGUUGUGGAAUUCAUCGAGAAAUCGGUAACUGAUAGCCGAAAACAGUGCGUUAUGAAAACACGCGUAACUCAAAUUGUGCACACAGCGCCCAACCCAACCGCGGGCAGUAGCGCUACUAGCAAUAGUAAUACUGAAAAUUCUUUGUAUUCUAAAUUGAAAUUCGUAACCGAACGAGUUGAUAAUAAUGACAAUACUCAACACACAAAUCAAUAUGAUAGUUCCUCUUCGAGCGAGGAAAGUGGAGCAAAUGUAAUUGAUUCGCCAACGAAAAUAUCCGGAUCGGCGACAUUGGCGCUGAAACAGCUGCUGCUCGUUUUAAUUGAAUGUGCCGCGCAGGCGCAGGAGUCGGUGGCACGAGUCGGCGUAUCGUGCCUAAAGCACGUCAUCUUAUCCACUGGAAUGCUGUUCAAUGAGUCACAAUGGAUGAUUGCAUGUUCGGCCAUUCAUCGCGCCUGCACAGUGACCAUCGCUCCACUGCGGCAAUUGUCGUUCGCCUUCCAUGAGAAGUCGAAUAGUUUUUAUGGUGACUGCGCCAAUGUCAAGGUGGCAGCUCGACGCGAUAGUACCGUGGACGAAUUGACUCGCAUCUACUCAUUAGCGCAACAGGUAUUUCUUUCCGAUAAUCAACGAGAGCCGACCCCGAAGGUAACUAGCCACUUGGAUAAACAUUUGACCGAUGAACGCAGCUAUUCAUUCCUAUUAUAUCCGUUAAACAAUGGAUUCAAUUCGAAUCUGGAUAACUUUGUGAUUCGCAUACCAUUCAAAAAUUUGGUAGUUGGCUUGUUAGCCAAUCAAAUGCUAUUGCAAUUAGUUGCGAAGCUUUUACUAUCCCGCCUAAAGUGUGUACCACAGGCGGUGUCCACGUGCAUUUUCGACAAUUAUGCAACUUCAGCAUCUAGUCACGACUACGACUUGGACUUCCGAUCCAAGGAAAUUUUACUGCGUUGCGUCAAACAGUAUUUGACGAGUUCGCUUGAAUUUGACUCCCGCCCUGGUCUUAAGUUUCUAAUGCAGAAGGUAUCCAACAUCGAGUAUGCAGCAAAUUUAUACAAACAAAUGACUUCAUCGUGGAUGAUCUACUACAUUGCUUUAGUGGAUUCGUAUUUAAAUGAUAUUGUAGUCUAUAAUCUGGGACCAGAGGACUUGAAUUUUAUACUGGAAUCCUGCUCGCGCCUCAAUACAACAACCGUUAAGAAGAAGGAGAAUUUUGUACGUUAUUUGUUUUGUCUACAGGACGCUUGGAACCUAGUGUGCGAAUUGUAUUUGAAUAACUCAGCAAUGCAUGAUAUCGAGAAUGGAAAACUGCGCACCGGAGAUGGUAGUGAGAAGCGCAUUCUAACACAACACAAACAUAUAAACGCCAAACCGAUGCGCAUAUCCAUUAACAGUAAUUGUGACAAUGUCAGCACGUCCAGUCAUUCGGAAACGACGGAUACCUCGCCCAAUAAAAGCAUUCAACUGGAGGAGGAAAAUGUCACAAUGACAACAUUGAUUAGCGAAUUUCAACCGAAAAGCCGUAACAAUCCCUUCGAUACGAAUCGCCCGCAGAAAUGUGAAUCGGAAACGAUUUCACCGGAAAUCGAACAACAACGUGCAUCCAGCAUACUUAAGGAUUCGAAUUAUAAGAAAGCUGCUUUGGCACAACUUGUUGUGGCAUCCAUGGAGUUGCUGCGUUCUUUGCCCGGCGAGGCCGAGGAGAAUCUUAAACUUUUAAUGACACCAACUAUACGUGAAGCCUUUCGGCUAGUACAGUUGCAAGGCAAUGAAUUGAAAGUUAAUCAAUUUUAGGCUAUGCUUGUUGAGUUUUAUUUUGAUUUGUAAAAAAUUCAUUGAGGCCGAUUUGAUUAUGGGACUAGCAAUGGAAUUGAUAUAUAGUACUUAUGUAUGUAGAACAGAAGUAUCUAAGACGACUGAAAGAUAAUCAUGCUGUCCAUAUACAUCAUUAAUCCAUAAAUGCAUACAUACCUACAUACAUAUACAUAUACAUGCAUAACUACAUACAUAUUAAGCAUACAUAAGUAUAUACAUACAAGCUUUUACAUAUUUAAUUACAUAUGCCUGUACUAUGUUUAGGUAUAUAUGCACAUACAUAUAUAUAUAUACACAUACUCUACAAAUAUCAUAUAUAAUAUGUAUUCAUAUUUACGUAAAUAAUAUUCAUAAAUACAUGCAUGCAUACGUACACAUACAUAUGUGGCAUUCUUCGUCAACUGAAGCCCCCAUAUCACCAAAAUUGGUUCGGGCGAGAAAGGGGGUUAUAUUCUUAAAAAAAACGGUAAAAAGUUUUUUUUUUUUAAAAUUAUGAGUGGCGUUUUUUGAGUCCAAUAUGGCGGAAAAGUUUUUAAUUUAUGGAAUUCGCUCGAAACCUGUCACUAGAGGUUUUUUGCUGUCGCUGAUUAUGAAUAUGACCAUGAAUUUUUUAAAUUCAAAAUGACGGAAAUUAAAAAAAAAACAAAAUGU